GUAAACCUUCACCAUAUAAACUAGAAGAGAACACACAAUCCUCCAAACCAUGGCAACAUCUCAAACUUCACCUCCAAUUCCUCCCAAAUAUUUACAAGAGGAUGACCUAAGUGAAGAGUGUAAGAAAUUCCUAUCUACUCUGCCCAAAGAAAAAGCAUGGAUUGGAUCAUAUAUGUACAACUACCAAGGUUUUUGGGUAGCGGACAGGAUAAUCCAAGGUGUGAUUGCAUGUCAACAACAAUUUCAAGCUCAUGAUAGUGAUAUCAUCCUUGUUACAAAUCCUAAAUCAGGAACCACUUGGUUAAAAUCACUUUUGUUUGCUCUAGUAAAUCGAAAGAAACAUUCUAUUUUUGAACAAAAUCACCCUUUACUUGUCAAAAAUUCUCAUGAUCUUGUUCCAUUCUUGGAACAUAGAAUCUAUGGUGAUGAUCAUGACCGUAAUUAUUCAUCCUUCACUUUACCUAGACUUUUCUCAACUCAUUUGCCCUUUACGUCAUUACCGAAGUCUGUUCAAGAUACAAGCACCAAAAUUGUUUAUUUAUGUAGAAAUCCUAGGGACAGUUUUAUUUCCUUGUGGCAUUUUACAAACAGUUUAAGACUUCACUAUAAAGAUACCAAUUCCAUAGAGGAAAUGUUUGAUCUUUUUUGUAGGGGGAUGAGCCCUUAUGGACCGUUUUGGAAUCACGUGUUGGAUUAUUGGAAGCAAAGCAUAGAAAAGCCUAACAAAGUACAUUUCUUUAUGUAUGAAGAAAUUAAAGCGCAACCCAAACUUCAGCUUAAACGCUUGGCCGAAUUCUUGGAAUGUCCGUUUUCCUUAGAGGAAGAAAAUUGUGGAGUGGUGGAUGAAAUAUUAAGAAUGUGUAGCUUUGAGAAUUUGAGCAAUUUGGAGGUGAAUAAAAAUGGGAAAUCGUCAUUGUCUGAAGCGGAAUAUAAACUGUUCUUUCGCAAAGGGAAAGUUGGAGAUUGGAAGAAUCAUUUUACUAAAGAAAUGAGUGAGAAACUCAAUCACGUUAUUGAACAACAGUUCCAAGGAUCUGGAUUAAGAUUUUCAUACAUUUGAUUAGGCAUUAAUAUGCCAUAUGACAAUUGAAUGCAAUUAUUAAUUUUGAAAAUCAAUGUUGAAGUAGUUGUAUUUGCUUCUAAUGUAACGACUGAAUAAAUGAAAUUGUCCCCAAAUAAUUUUUUCUUGGUA